AUGGAAGAGGAUAUAGAAUACUUCCAGAUUGAUGCUGUCUGUGGGGAGUUAAGAACAACCUACUCUCUGUCACAUGCUGAGAGAUCAGACUACAAAAUGAUGGUCACAGCCAGGGACCAGGGGAUGCCUUCACUUCAAGGACAUGCUGCUGUUUACAUCCAGGUAAUCCCGCUUCCCAAUGGGAGAUUUGACUUCUCUCAAGAUUUCAAGCACUUGGUUGUACCUGAAAAUUUUAAACCUGCACAAGUGUUGAAUUCUCUGAAGUGGCCUGAUAAUCAUCUGACAACUAACAGGAAACUUCAUUACAGUAUUGCUGAAGAUGAUGAUGAUGUUCAUUUUGAAAUAGAUAGCUUGACAGGAGACCUUUUUCUUUCCAAGGAACUUGACUAUGAAACAGCUUCACAUUUCCUUUUGCGAGUUAUUAUAAAGGAUUAUAAUAAUAAUCCUCCACAGAAUAACACCAUCUUCCUGAGUAUCGAUGUAGAGGAUCAGAAUGAUCAUUCUCCGUAUUUUCAAGAUGACUUUGUAGUGAUCAGCAUAGAGGAAAAUGUACCUGUUGGCACUCUGGUUUACACCUUCAAUGCAAAAGAUGGCGAUGGCAGUUUUCUGAACAGCAAAAUACAAUAUUCCCUGGAAAUGAAUAGCGUGGGUGAAAAUCCAUUUCUUAUUCACCCUUCAUAUGGUACCUUGACCACGGCUUUUCCACUAGACAGGGAGGUUACUCGCUAUGUCAUCCUUACAGUGUCUGCAACAGACCAGGCAAUAAAUCUGACUGAUCGCAAACUUGCUUCCCAGGCUGUGAAAAUUGUUAUUUUGGAUAUCAAUGACAACAGUCCCAGUUUUACAUCUUCGACGGUUUCCUAUGUCAUGGAGGAUGUGGAGGUGGGCUUCCCUGUGCACCGCAUAAUUGCAGAGGAUCCCGAUGAGGGAAGAAAUGGACAAGUUACAUAUCGCAUUCUUUCAGGCAAUGAAAACAAAACAUUUGCAUUGGAUAAAAUCACAGGAGUCCUAACUACAGCCCAGCUUCUGGACCGUGAGAUUCAGGAGCACUACAGUUUGACAGUGAUGGCUCUUGAUGACGGCAGCCCAGCUCUCUCUGCCAUGCAGGUUCUGACCAUCAUUGUUCUUGAUGUGAACGAUGAGCGACCAACAUUUCUGAAGCAACUUUACGAGACUGCCGUUCAUGAAAACCAAGAUCCAGGGGAGUUUGUCAUAAAGGUGGAAGCUGUGGACAGAGAUGCAGGACUGAAUUCCUUGCUUCAGUAUGAAAUCUUACCAGGAGCCGGUUAUGAGAAAUUCAGGAUGAACUCUGACAGUGGAGAAGUCAGAACAACUGCCUCACUGGACAGGGAAACCCAGGAGGUUUUCAGUAUUAAAGUUUUGGUUCGAGAUAGUGGAACCCCAUCACUGUCAAGCACGGUGACAGUUAUCUGCAGAGUGCUGGAUGAAAAUGAUCACUCUCCCACAUUUCUUCUUCCCGCCUCUGAGAUCCGUAUUCCAGAGAACCAGCAGCCUUCUGUCAUUCACGUUACCCGGGCUGUGGAUAUGGAUGCUGGCAAUAACGGAGCUCUAAGAUACAAAAUAAUUGGUGGAAAUGUUGGCGAAUACUUCACACUAAAUAACACCUCAGGAAAACUGCUGGUCACUCAUAGUUUAGACAGAGAAGACGUCAGCAAUUUCACUCUUGUAAUUGAGUGCCAUGACCUAGGCAGUCCCUCAAGAAGCUCCACUGCACAGCUCUAUCUAACAGUCUUGGAUGAAAAUGACCAUAACCCAUUGUUUGCAAAGACCCAGUAUCAAACAUCCGUGAGAGAAGACCUAGAGGAAGGCUCAGCCGUCCUGGACCUCUUUGCUUCUGACGAAGAUGAUGGCCUGAAUGGCGAAGUUACGUACUCCCUGGUUGAUGAUACCUUCGGAGCAUUUGCUAUUGACAGUGUAACGGGGUCUAUAGUUACUACAAAGGCACUGGACCGGGAGACCAAAUCCCAGUAUACAUUUCGGGUUGUGGCAAGUGACUGUAGCACCCAUUUGCCAAGAAGCACCACUGUCAGUGUUGUGGUGCACGUUGAUGAUGUCAAUGACAAUGAUCCCAUUUUUUUGCAGAAUCCUAUCAGGGCCUUUGUGCCUGCUGAAACAGCUGUGAAUGAGACAGUAGCCACUGUGAGAGCAGAGGACAUGGAUCUGGGGCCAAAUGGAGCUGUUGUCUAUAGUUUGAUGACAGCGAAAACUGUAUUUCAGAUCAACACGAAGACAGGUGACAUCAUUCUUCAGGAGCCUUUGUCUUCCAAGGACUUCAGUACUCAGCUGCUAGUGAUGGCUUCAGAUCAAGGCAUCCCACCUCGAACAGCCACAGCUAUGCUCAUUAUCUUUACAGAGGAACAUGAGGAGGAGAUUUCAUUCAGCCAUAGCCUGUAUGAAGCAAGUGUGCCUGAGAACAGUGCAGCAGGUGCAAUCACAGUAAAAGAGCCAAAGUCUCUUGAUUAUGAAGUUAAAAAUAAGAUACAUCUUUCAGUUUUGGCUGAAAGUAGCUUGAAUUCAGCACUCUGUGGAGUGACCAUUUUGAUUCAAGAUGUGAAUGACAAUGUACCUAAAUUUGAGCAAAGCUAUUACAAAGCAUCAGUAUGGGAAGGCCAAAGUCCUAAAACAGAUAUCAUACAG